GGACUGCACUCAGGACGUGGUUUUGCCGCAGGAACUGAGCGGGAGGAAUGUAAGCGCCGCAGCCCCAUCCUUCCAAUUCUUGUUAUCCCCGCUCAGGAGGGUGAAGAGGGGUCUCGAGUCCCAGUGGCAGGGGUGUGUGUUGAGUGGGUUGGCUGCUUGUCAUACUCCUCCGCCAGAGUCCCGGGGCGCUGGCCGCGGUGCUGAAAUCAGCGCUCUCGGAGGAGGGAGGGAGGAGGAGCCAGGCCGGGCGAAGGGGGCGGAGCUCUCUGAUGCUCUGAGCUGGAAGAGGGGAGGGGCAGGGCGGCGCCAGCAGGCCCGAGACCCUGGCUGGCUUGAGAGGAGGCAGGAGACGGGAGAUAGCGGGGCUAGAGCAGAAGUACCUGAGCAAGCUUCCCCUGAAGAAGCCAAGGUCAUCUUCCUUGUCCUAUCAGUCCUCUUUUCUCUACCUUAGAGCUUCACCUUGUGCCCUGACCUCGGCCUCCUCUCCAAACCUAGCUGAGGGGUGACCUAUUUCUGGGCCUCAAUUCAUCUGCAAAGCAAUUUCCAGCCCACCAGCCCCCAGUCCGGGAUCCAGCGCCCUCACCAUGGUGAAGUUGCUGCCUGCCCAGGAGGCAGCCAAGAUCUACCAUACCAACUACGUGCGGAACUCAAGGGCUGUCGGUGUGAUGUGGGGCACGCUCACCAUCUGCUUCUCCGUGCUGGUCAUGGCGCUCUUCAUCCAACCCUACUGGAUUGGUGACAGCGUCAACACACCACAGGCAGGCUACUUUGGCCUUUUCUCCUACUGCGUGGGCAACGUGCUGUCCUCUGAGCUUAUCUGCAAGGGCGGACCGCUGGACUUCUCCUCCAUCCCCUCUAGAGCCUUCAAGACUGCCAUGUUCUUUGUGGCCUUGGCCAUGUUCCUCAUCAUUGGCUCCAUCAUCUGCUUCAGCUUGUUCUUUGUCUGCAACACGGCCACUGUCUACAAGAUCUGUGCAUGGAUGCAGCUGGCUGCAGCCACAGGCCUGAUGAUUGGCUGCCUGGUCUACCCGGAUGGUUGGGACUCAAGUGAAGUGCGGCGCAUGUGUGGGGAACAGACCGGCAAGUACACACUAGGCCACUGCACCAUACGCUGGGCCUUCAUGCUGGCCAUCCUCAGCAUCGGAGAUGCCCUCAUCCUCUCCUUCCUGGCCUUCGUGCUGGGCUACCGGCAGGACAAGCUGCUCCCUGAUGACUAUAAGGCCGAUGGGAAAGAGGAAGUAUGAAGCAGCUGUAGUGUUGGUCAUCUAGUUCCCUGACAAUGGAAAGUGAGGGAAUCAUAUUCUUCAGAAAUAAAAAAUUUGUUCCUUCCAAGCUUCCCUGUGUCUGCUACUGUAGGCUGGACAUCCUGAAGCCUUUCAUUAUAGGAUUAGAACCUGAUAGUCCCCUGAGAUAAGACCUCAUACUGUAUCUGGAAAACUUCAGUGAAGCAGAACUGCAGUGACCACAUCCAUGAUGUUCAGAGACAUGGAUGUAACUCUCCUAAUUGGGGAUCCACGUUCUCUUCUUAUCCCUCCACAGCGGGAAAUCGCUUUAGCCUCUUGAGGCCUCUUUGUAAAAUGAGAGCGGAAUGAAUCUGAAUCCAGCGGCCUCCCAGGUCUGAGUUCCCGAUAGCCUAACUCACCAAGAAUACCCAGAAACUGCCACUCAGCUCUAUGAGGGCAGUGAAGAAGAGGUGGCUGUAAGUGUGCUGGAUCAUUUAAGGUUGAGGUUUAGGGGGUCUUUUCUUUCUCAUGUUUUGUUUUCUUAUUGAUGCUCAGAAGCAGGUAAGGAAUGGAGAGGCCACCAGAACCUGAACCCAUCAGGAAGUCUUAUAAAGAUUGGGUGAAUAUGGGAUCUAAAAACUUACCAGACUAAAUUGACCUCUUUAGCCUUUGGAACCAAAAAUCACAUCUCUUCAUGUGCCCACUCUGACCCAAUCACAACUGGCUACCAACUUCAGAAAGUUGUUACUUAUGGCCAAGCAAUUUGUUAUAGUAACUGAUGAUG